AUGUCUCUACCUCUUCCCAUAUCAAAUACUCCUAGUAGUACUAAUGUUCAAGUCAAUGGGAAUAGCAAUGGAGCGAUAAAGGAAGAAUCAAAUGUAAUAAUAGUGAAAAAGGAAGAACCCGAGACCGACUCCGUUUCCGAGCCAGUACGAGUACCGUCAAAUGGUACUCCCACUAUACCAACGGACUCCAAACCCGCCGCCAUCCCCACUCCUCAAUCAUCCUCUUCUUCUUUUCCAGGCCAGGUGAAUGCCCAAGCUGGACCUGGACCAUCGACCGUUGAGUACUCUCAAUAUGAGAGAGCGAUCAAUGAUAAAAAGAGGAAAUGGGGUUUGAUGGGGUAUGAGGAAAACGAACUGGGAUUGUUGGAAGAGGAAUAUCUAAAUCUGAACCUCGCUCUGCAACUCGAUCAAACUUCCACCCUUUACCCUUCUCCACCUACUCGAUUCGAAUCUUAUGAAGAUAUGGUAGAUAGGUUGAUGCCUUAUCAUGUUUGGCAGAUAUAUGAUGAAGAGCUGAAUGGACAGUUACCUAAAUCGAAAGAAAAGGAAUUGAAAGAAGUACAAGAUGCUAGUGGACUUGUUGAGAGGGUUAGGAGGGUGGAAGAUCGCUUUGGGAAGUUUAGGAUGAGGGUUGAUGAGAACUCGAACAUGCCAUCGUUGAUACCGAUGUACCAGCAAACCAAUCAAACGUUAAAAGAGGAAAUAUCCUCCUUACAGACUAUUCUUCGUCCGUUGAAUGCCGAAUACGCGUUGAUAGAGAAACAGCAGGAAGACAAGCGACGUGCGGAGGAAGAGAAGAAAAGAAGGGAAGAAGAGAGAUUGAAAGCUAUCGAAGAUGAGAGGCGGAGAAGGGUGGUAGCGCAGCAGAGAGCGGAAGAGGAGAUGAGAAGGAGGAAGGAGGAAGAAGAGAGUAGGAGGUUGAGGGAAGAAGAGGAGAAGAAAAAAUUGGUUUUACAGUCUUCCACCAAUCCUAUCAACACCAAUCCCACACCACCGCACCAUAUUAAUCAACCACCAUCCAUCGCUUCACCACCAUCUACGCCCUCUAGCUCGUAUCUGGACAGAGGUAAACCACGAGGAAGACCUAGAGGAAGAGGAAGAGCAGGUGUGAGAGAACCUAGUACACCUCAUUUGACCGGACAGACCAAUGGUGUUGCAAACGCAAACCCGAAUACGCCCAGUCCCAAUCCCAUUUCUACAUCUACCCCUUUACCUGGGGGAAGUAGUACGAAUCGACCUAUCACGCCUGGUACACCUGGUACUCCUGGCCAGGCAGCAACACCUGCUUCUACACCUGCGGGAGUUGUGAAUAAAGGUCCAGUAUCUUUGACUGUUAAUAGAUCAUUGAUACCUCAAUUGAUAUCUCUCGAGUUACUUUUACCGAACCCUACACCGACUUCGCCUAAAACACCCGCUACGAUCAUCAGAUAUCUGGAGGAUAAGAAUUCUGUGGUGCUUUCCGUGAAUCUCACGCAAUGUACGAAGACUCAGUUGAUCGCCUUGGCAAAAUUGCUGAAUGUCAGUACCAAGGCACCUGCACCUGGUACGGCAACGACGACGACGACGACAACGACACCGGCGGCUGCUUCGACCAAUGCUCAAGCUGUUAAUGGGAAUGCGCCUGCUCAGAGUGGGAAUGUAGCUGCAGGCCCUCAAGGACAGGUGAAACCGCAGGUAGAGGGGAAUGGUGCAUCUGCAGCCGGACCCAGUAAACAGUGA